AACACCAUGUCGUUAACAGCCAUUCGAUUGGCUUUCGCAUUUUUCGUUUUGGGGAUCUUGUUGGGAUCGAGCGCAGCCAUCAGCUUGGACGGACACGGUUACGAAUUCACUGUUGCAAUCUCCGAGGAUGCAAUGGAUAUCGCAGACGAUCAACGGCUUCCCUUCCUUAACGCGCUCAGAGCGACGUUGACAUCUACGUCUAAAAUGCUUUUUGACGCAACCGAUAACAUACUCUACUUACAAAAAGUCAACAUUUUAGUGCCAAGUUCAUGGAUCAGUAUCCUUAGUGGCGUCACGCCGACAUCCAAGCACAAUUACUUGAACGCUGAUAUGCGAAUUGAGACCACCAAAAAUUCAAAUGAUCCUGAAUCUCUGAUCGAAUCAGCGCGGUCCUACAGUUCUAAAAUGUGCGGCCAGCCAGGUGAAUACAUCAUUGCACCGCCCCAGUUUUUCCUCGACGUCAAUGGUGCAACUGUCGCCAAGUAUGGCGAUAAAGCUAAGGUAAUACUUCACGAAUUCGCCCAUUACCGAUACGGAGUUCAUGAUGAGCAUGGUAUUCCGGAGACGUAUAUCGACCUAGGUGCCAAAUUCCCGUACACUUUCUUAAAUCCUCGAGGCGAAUGGCAGCUGACAGGGUCCAACGACAGCAAGAUAGAAGGCUCUUACCAGAAUUCGAUGGGAGGAAGUUGCACUUAUCCCAAUACCCCAACCGAGACAGGUGAUCUCAGUUGCAGAUUCAUCCCCGAUAUGACUGCAACAACAGGACCGUCAUCGUCCUUGAUGUUUAUGCCAUUUUUACCUACGGUCUCCAAGUUUUCCGACGAAAAAAAUCAUGACCGAGCAGCUCCGAACAAGCAAAACUACUGGUGUCGCAAUCGGAGUACCAAAACGGUCAUUAAAAAGAAUCCCGAUUUCAACAACCUGAGUCCUCUGGCUAACACCACGACCACGACACCGCAGUUCAAUUAUCUAGUCCGUGCAUCGCAAGCAAUUUACAUAGUCCUGGACGCGUCUAAUCACACUUUACCCGAUAAUACUGUGUUUAAUUACAUUAAGACAGAAAUAGCCCAAAGGAUGAUUCCACAACUAGCCGCGAACAGUCCCAGAUCUUUUGUAGGCAUCGCAACUAUGGGCGGGUCUGUCGUUACCUCGAAUGGUCGUUUAGGUGGAUAUCUAACUGAAAUACAAUCUCCCGUAUUGGUGUCUACAAACGAGCCAAUUUUGGUGAAUAAGCUGAACGGAUUGACUCGAUCGGCUGGGCAAGGGUUGUUAUUAGAGAAAGCCAUUCUGGACGUUGGGGACAUUUUGACCGAGUUCACUCAUCUGUCGGGGUCAAUCGCUCUGUUGGUUAAACUGAACGACAUCACCGGAGUACAACAAAUGAACGUGGAAUGCGAGGCUACUCAUUUACUAAAUUCGCGAAGUGCACGCCUUGUAACGUUCGAAUUCGGCAGCAACAAUGUGCUCAGCAGGAGCACGUUAAUGUCCGGUGGAACCCAUUUUCCUGCCGAUUCCACAAACUAUCAAACCGUUUUCUCAAGCGUAAUAAAUAAGGCUCUUGAACUCGUCCAGGAAUCACGGUAUCAAAACCGAAGAAUUCAACUUGUGCGUGAUCAGUUCACGACUCUUGCUUCAACACCUUUCCGGGGAUUUUACACUGUGGACUUCAUGCCUAGCGUGAUAGAGUUGCAUUUUUUCGUACCCGUUUCACGAACUGGUGACUACGAAAUCUAUGUUAACAACACGAAUGGUAUGACCUAUACGUUGUCAUCAUCAGAACACUCGCAACUAUAUUUGAGUUGGGAUAGAAAAUACAAAGUUCACACAUUUCGUCUAACACCGGUAUCAAAUGCUGUGACUGCCACAUAUUCGGUCCACACGUUAGGUACUGACAUGGCAGGCUAUGUGGAGGCUAUUGAAGUUCUAGGUAACACUGUUCCCGUUUAUAUUGGCGGAGGAGGCCAACCCAAAAAUCGAGUUGUCGAGGUUGAAGUGUACACCAACGGAAAUAGCGGUCUUCUUAACAUGGCUGCUGUUAACGAAGAAACUUCUUUUCUGGUCUACGCUUCAGUUCGUAAAGGCUUCACGGUUUCCCGCGCACUAAGGUCUGCCGUUGCCAUGAUUCACGGACCAACUGGAAACACAGAUAACAUCUCGUUACGUGACGACGGUCUUUAUCCCGAUUUGCUUGAGAAAGACGGCAUCUAUUCAGGAUUCUAUAGACCUCCAACUACUCCGUCCAACGGCGACUACCGCAUUUCUGUUCGAUUGGAUGGUUAUCGUAGAACCAAUCCACUUGCGCCAUUUAAAUAUUCAUCGAGUCGCUCCAUGCCCAUCGAUCAAACUGAAGAUCCGUCGUUCAAUGAAGGAGGUUCUUCAACCUCCUUCCAGCGUUGGUAUCCCUAUGUUGCAAAACUUCAAGUACAGGCAGCAAAUUUUUACGAGGAGAAACCACUUCGAAUUAUGGAUUUUAGGAUCGAUUACAGCAACCCGGUUAAUGAUCAGGUUACGUUCCACUGGACCGCUCCUCAAAAUAGCUACGGCAAAAAUGACUCCGUUGCGUCGUACAGACUGGCUUAUAGCAGUUAUCCUAGUGACAUCAUCGACGAUAAAGGAACUAUCCCUACGUCAGCUGUAGUGAUCAUGGCUAGUGACAUCAUUGGCGGAACGUUAACACCUGUAACGCCAUACGAGGCACAAACGGUGACCGUCAGAAUGCCCCGAGUUGGACCUUCCCCUCCUACGAUUUAUUUCACAAUCAGUUCGAGAAGUACAACGGGAUUUGAAUCUUAUGCUGCACCCAUGGUUUAUCUAACUGGGUCGGAGCCCCCACCGAUUACAACUACUACUGUUCCAUCAACUGUUACCACCACAAGAACCAGCACAGUAACGUCUACUAUGCCAACAUCUUCUACAUCCAUGCAGACCACCCGCACCACCACGACGACACCUACUACAGUGCCUAGGACUACAAGCGCUACGACGCCGCUUCCUAGUGGUGCCCAACGCAUUGGUGUUUCAUUCUAUUUUAAUUCUUUGUUCUCACUUCUCUUGAUUCGAGCAUUCGCAUUGUAAAAAUUAAAGCAAAAGAAAAGGUUUUUUUUUUCAUUUAGGUAAAGUCUUUCGUUCUGGUGCUUAGAUUACAGUUCCCACAUUUCCAAUCAAUUAUAAGGCUAUGUUUUGUGAAUUAGUUUAUGUGAAAUUCGAAAUAAAGGUUGCUUCAAAUUGUG